UUCCCUAUAUAAAGGGUGGUUUUCCUCCGAAACGGCAGAACAAAUUUAAUUGACCAGUCAACACGCGCUAGCCAAAGUAUUAGCUGAUCUCGGUUACCAUGAGGGCCCUGGUAUGCAUGAUGCUGAUCUCCGCGGCGAUGGCCGGCGAAGAGAAAACGGUGCAAAAACGUGGUCUGCUCGAUAUAGGCUAUGGUGGUUUGGAACUCAGCGAUGGUGCUGGAUGGGCCAAAGUGGCGGUGGCGGUUAAGGAAAGGCCCGUGGCCGUUCCAGUUCCAGUGCCAAAGCCGUACCCUGUCGCCGUUGACAGACCAGUGCCCGUGAAGGUGCCAGUGGCGGUCCCGCAGCCAGUCCCAGUGGCGGUUCCGGUACCACAGCCGUAUCCAGUAGUGAAAACUCAGACCAUCGCGGUUCCUGUCGAAAAACCAGUCCCGGUUGCGGUUCCGGUUAAAGUCGCCGUUCCCGUCCCCGUUCCUGCCCCAUACCCCGUCAAGGUUGCAGUCCCUCAGCCUGUUGCGGUUCCAGUCGCGGUUCCCAAGCCGGUUCCAGUCGUCGUUAAACAGCCAGUCCUCGUUAAAGAACAGCCAAUCGUCAUUCAAUCGUGGAACAAGGGAUACUAGGGAUACGAAAUCUCCCUUCGAUCUGCCACCACCGUCCACUAUCCCCCUGUCCCUAUCUAGCCACCUUACAGCAUCGCAAGAGACAUUAUGACGAGAGCAGUACACGAAACAGGUUCUCCUUCAUAGUUAAUCGAAUCACGCAAUAAACUGAUUUUAUAAAUACUUUUAA